AUGUCCCUCUUGCUCGUCAUAUUCCUGCUUGAGCUGGUCGUCCAGCUCGUCAACACCAUCGGGGCGAAGACCAUCAAUAAUCUGCUAUGGCGCUUCUACCUCUCGAUCCCCGGCAGCCCACUUGCCAAAGACUUUGCCGAGCAGCGCGCAAAGCAAAAGGAAUACCUACAAGUGCGACACGACCUCAACGCAACUAGCAGUCAGGACGAGUUUGCUAAGUGGGCCCGGCUGCAACGCAAGCAUGACAAGUUGAUGGAUGAGCUGGAGAAGAAGAGUGCGUACUUCCUCUCUCCUCACGAAUCCCAACUCGACGCCCACCGCACCAGCUUUUCCCGCAAGUUGACCAUCUACCGCUGGAUCCUGACUCGCGGAAUGCAGUGGUUCCUGUGCUUCUGGUUCAGCUCGCAGCCCAUGUUCUGGCUGCCCUACGGCUGGUUCCCCUAUUGGGUCGAGUGGCUCGUGUCCUUCCCCAACGCGCCCAUGGGCAGUGUCAGCAUCGUCGUGUGGCAGUCGGCGUGCAGCGGGGUACUGGCGCUGGUGAUUGAGGCGGUCAUGGCCGUGGUGAGGUACACGGGGGGAACGGGGAUGCAGAAGCAGAGGCAGCCUGUGCCUGCGGCAGGAGGUGCGCCGGGGACGACUCGUCGACGCGUGCUGGCGUUUGUUGACCAUCAGCUUGUUAUCAACGUCAACACCUCCCAGAAGCCAACAUACGCCUUCAAAUUAGCUAAAAUAAAUCUAACCUCCGCAAUGUCAAUACCCUGGGGGACGUCCAGGAUCAAAUCCCUCCUCAUCUUUUUCGCCCCUGUCCUCAUCCCCAGAGCAAUCACGACCUACCGCUCGCUCCGGGCUGCCCCAAAACUCUACAACGUCCACCCGCAACCACUUCCCACGCCCAUACUGCGCUCCAUCCUCCUCCUCGCCCUCCUUACCCUCUCCUACCUCCUCCUCCUCCUACCGCCCCUCACCCCGGAGAACAUCUUCACCUUGACUACCUCCCGCCUGCAAAUCCCGACCGAUGUGCUCUUCACACGGCUGGCAUCACUCCGUCCUAGGCGGGUUCUCACGAACCGCGACGUCGCUUUGAGAAGCCGUUUCGUCUCGCUCGAGUCGCGGCUGUUGUAUUUGCAGUAUGGCCCUGCGACGGUGGCAGACUGCCCUUUUUGCGUGUCCGACGAUCCGAGGAGUUACUUGUUCUAUGCCCUGCCGGAGCUGGUGACGCCGCAUUUGAUCAACCUGAUCGCUCUGGCCUUCGCGACGUCAACACUCCUCACGGGAAGGGGGAUCACCGGAGGGAACGUGCAGCGCUUCCGGGCACCGGCGACCUUAGCCUCCAUCGCGGUGGCUACACUCGACCUCUGGAGCGUUGCAACCUACAACCACGGCGCAAAUGCCCGUGCUCUGAGACUGCAGGAGCUGGAUAUGUUCUACUGGCGGGCUCGGGCAACCCGGUAUCUAUUACUAGCCACACUCAACAUCAUCUGCAGCGCAGUCUUUUACCUCUCUGGCACGAACCGGGCCUUCGUCCGCCCUCCGACAGCAACCGCCCGGAUUGAAUCCGUGACGCGCGCGCUGAGCACAGUCAAGAGCAGAAUCAACGCGGCGGGGAUUAUCAAGAACACUGUACAGCGGGACGAGGGGCUCAGGGGCAGGAGCAUGUCAUACUGGACGCAUGAGGGGAAGCUGAUGCGGGAGGUGAUGGAGGAGAAGGAGGUUGUGGAGGGGAUCAAGGAUGCGUUGGAGAAGCGGAUCGAUAUCAAGAGUGUCGAGCGGGAUGCGGAGGCGUAUGUAAGGGAAUUUUUUGGGAAUAGGGAGUUAGUAGAGGAUGACGAUGAUUAG